CUAACUCCCUAAGUAUAGCGGAUACCAUUUCGCACUACAUGAGUCCUUCAUUUGCUAUAGGAGAUUAAACGUCUCGACGAAAAUGACUGGCAUAAUAUAAGUAACAGUAUUUUCACAUUUUCCUUGAUCGCGGAUCCAACCAUAAAUUCAGACUUGAGGACCAAUUGGCUAAACCACCUUCUCUCAUCAACACCAUGAAACUUGCACAAGCCUGCUGGCUCCUUCUCCAAGGUUGGCUCGUGUCAGCAGCAUGCGUCGGGAAGCGCGCGUUCGUGCAUCCCGGCCUGCUGCACACGCAAGCCGACUUCGCGCGCAUCCAGGGCUUCGUCGACACCCAGGCCUCCCCCAUGUACGCGGGAUGGGAGAAGCUCGCGGCCCACGCCAACGAGAACUACACGGCGAGCCCCCAGGAGACCAUAUGCCGCGGCAGCGGCAGUGACUGCACCGAGAACUACGCAUCGCUGUUCCGGGACGCGUCGGCAGCCUACGUCAACGCCGUGUACUGGAGGACGACGGGCUCAACUGCACACGCGGACGCGGCGGGCGGGAUCCUGGACGCCUGGUCGUCGACGGCUAAAUACAUCAACGGCUCCUCGGACAAGUUCCUGGCCAGCGGGCUGUACGGGUACCAGCUGGCGAACGCGGGGGAGAUCCUGCGGGACUAUGAGGGCUGGUCGGGGCUGGCGGACUUGGUGGAUAUGCUGGGCGGCGUCUUCUACCCCAUGAACCACGACUUCCUCGUCCGGCACAACGGUGCCGCGAUUGACCACUACUGGGCCAACUGGGACCUCUGCAACCUGGUUUCCAUGUACGCCAUCGGCGUGCUCGCGGACAAUUCGAGCAUGGCUGACGAGGCCGUGGCCUAUUUCAAGGGCGGGGAGGGCAACGGCGCCAUCGAGAAGGCCAUCUGGGUCACCUACGAAGAGGCCGGGAGCGGCAAGGUCCUGGGCCAGAACCAGGAGGCCGGCCGGGAUCAGGGGCACGCGACGCUGGAUUUCGCCCUGCUCGGCGCGUUAGCACAGCAGACCAAGAACCAGGGCGUUGAUCUGUUCGGGUAUCUCGACAACCUGAUCUUAGCAGGAUCCGAAUACAUGGCCAAGUACAACCUGGACUAUGACGUUCCGUAUACUGAGUACGUGAACUCGGACGUCAACCAGACGGUCAUCUCGGAAAGUAGCCGGGGAGAGGUGCGACCAAUUGGUGAGCUGCUCUUCGCACACUACAGCUCAGCCAAGGGCCUGAAUGCGUCGUGGACUGGCGCCUAUCGCGACUAUGUUCUCGAGCAGAGCGGUGGUGCCGAGGGCGGCGGAGGAGAUUACGGUCCGAACAGCGGGGGUUACGACCAGCUUGGAUUUGGCACAAUUCUUUACCGUUUAAAAUAGGGGUUGAAGGGUUCAGGGGUUGACGAGUACACAUUAUUACUACGAAGGUGGAGGUUCUGUUAUCAUCAUGAUGAAGCCUCUUAUUUCUUCAAUUGUCAUUAUUAUCCAUUCUUUUUAAAUUUUCAUUUUGGGACCUCCAGUUUCAAAGUAUGUCAUGGUAAAACUAAUAGCCUGCAUGUAAGACAGACAAAAUUGGCU